GACACUAUCGCUUGCUCUCUCCGAUUCGGCAAUGGAGGUCUGUUUGUCUUCAACCACUUCUAAAGCUUAUACAUGCUCUUUUCCAUCAGAGUCUCUGCUUCUUAAAAGACCAAAACUUGCUCAAUGGGAUCGCUUUUUAUUCACCCCAUCUCCAUCUAUGAGAGUUGCACAACCAUUAUUUUCUCAGUCUAGGAAAGAUAAAUUUGUGAAGGUUAUAUGUUGCCAAAAGUGGGAAACUCCUAUUGUAGAGGGCAGGUGUAUUGAUGAAAUAUAUGAUACUUUAGCUGCACGUCUUCUUCCAACUGCUGCAGCCUUAUCUAAUCCCAAUUCGAAGCAUAUCGUAGGUUUGGCUGGCCCUCCUGGUGCUGGUAAAAGCACUGUAGCAUUUGAAGUGGUGCGCCGGCUAAACAAGUUAUGGCCUGAGAAGGCUUCUUCUUUGGAUUCUCAAGUUAAGCCUCCAGAUGUUGCUGCAGUUCUUCCAAUGGAUGGUUUCCAUCUUUAUCGUUCUCAGCUAGAUGCAAUGGAGAAUCCAGAGGAAGCUCAUGCAAGAAGGGGAGCUCCAUGGACGUUUAACCCUGAGCUACUACUCAAAUGUCUCAAGACUCUGAGAAAUCAGGGAUCAGUUUAUGUGCCUUCAUUUGACCAUGGUGUUGGAGAUCCAGUAGAAGAUGAUAUAUUUGUGAGCCUUCAGCACAAAGUGGUCAUAGUAGAAGGAAAUUAUUUGUUGUUGGAAGAUGGGCCUUGGAAAGAGAUAUCAUCAAUCUUUGAUGAGAAGUGGUUCAUUGAGGUUGAUAUUGACAAAGCUAUGCACCGGGUCUUUAAUAGACAUGUCUCAGUAGGAAAGCCUCCAGAUGUUGCUAGAUGGCGUAUUGAGUACAAUGAUAGACCCAAUGCAGAACUUAUAUUCAAAUCAAAGAAGAAUGCAGAUUUGGUAAUCAGGUCAGUUGAUUUCUAAAGAGUGAAGCAAAAUUAGUAAAAUAAAAAUGUCAAGUUUCAUCUGUUUUGUAUCAAGAAUAUGCAAACCGAUGGAAUCUAGUAUGAAAGAUUUAUGUUUUCCUUUUCUUAUAGAAAAUACAGAUUUUCAGUUUUACAUUA